CUCGAAAUAAAAACAUCAUUUUCUCUAUACCAGCCACGAUAACGACAUAACCCAGACCAACACGAUGGAUAAGUCCGAUCUCCUAGUUUAUGCCAGAGAAUAUGCCACGACGAAAGACCUAUACGAGCUCCUAGGUGUCACAUCCGAUACGCCUAAAGAGGACAUCCAUCGCGCUUGGCGUAAGCGAAGUUUAAAAUACCACCCCGACAAAGCAGGCGCCAACUUCGAUGCGGAAAAAUGGGAACUCUUCGAACGGGCGCGGGACAUCCUGUCCGAUCCAGCGGCGCGCGAAGCCUACGAUUCACAACGAUCGGCUGCGCUGCUACGCGAGGAACAACGCCGUGCUAUGGAUGCUAAGAGACGUGCUAUGGUAGAAGAUCUAGAAGCGCGCGAGCGAGGAGCUGUCAAGCGACCAAGGGGAGAAAGCGAAGGUCCUGCGAUGAGCGAAGCGGAAAGACGGCGGUUAAUGGAGGCGGGGAAGAGACGCAUGGAAGAACGACAGAGAUUGAUGAGAGAGGCGGAGGCUAGGGAAUUAGAGCGUGAGAAGGAGAAAGAAGCACAUACAAAUGGCAGGGGAAGGACGCCGGAUGUCACCAGUGCCCCCGACUCCAAGAUGGAUAUUGAUCCAGAACCCCCGACCGCAAACAAAGACGGUUAUGACGACCAAAUAGCCGACCUCGAGCGACGGUUAGAAGAAGCACGACAACGGAAAGCGGCGAAAAAGGAGAAGAAAUCUGGGCAAAAGAAUGGGGUUCAUCAAACUACAGCAAUUCCCGACAUGUCAGAAGAGCGAAAAGCUGAUGGAAAAAAGGAACGUCCAAUAUCGUCAUCUACGGGCACAGCGAAGAAGUUCUCAUUCUCCCCCGCCUCUACGGCUACGUCGAAUAGUGGCGCUGGCAGUAAGCCAAGAGCGAAAGGGGACUUCUCAUCUACGAUGGCACGGCUAAGAGCUGCUCAGGCGGAGAAGGAGGCGCAGAAGAAAGCGGAAGAAGCUGCUACAGCUGCCAUUCCUACUGGCGACGGCGCCGGGAGCUAGAAAUGGACCUACAACACUCCAUGGUUUCGUUAUUUUAUUCUCGCACUUUGCAUAUGAUACCCUUGAUUUUCAGUAGAAUAGAGUCUCCUUGGACUAUAGAAUAGAGGUAGGAUGUCUGAAUCCUAUCUAAUACGCAACAUAUGAAUCAAUUCGCUCAGAAGUCAGAUCUUUA